GGGGGUGCGUACCGAGGCUGGCACGUGCCCGCAACGUCCAUUCCCACGCCCAACUCACGACCAACUCCCAGAGCACAAGGAAGGACAGAAAUCCAGGAAGCAAAAACACAACGAGGCUCAGCAGCCUCCUCCGCAACUCCGCAACGCCCUCCGCAACUCUCCCGCAACUCUUUGUCAUCCACCCAGGGGCCCAACGACGAGUAUAAAACACAACCUCCAAUAUGUCUUCAAUCUAUACAAUCAGUCUAAAUCAUCCAAAAGUCAGCAUCUCUCCAAUCUCCACCUCAAUUUCUCUUUACUUCCCACCAUUUAUUCCCCAUAACCCCCAGCCCUCCCCUCCCCCACGAUGUCCCCCAUAAAAGUCGGCUUCAUCGGCCUCUCCAGCACGCAAUCCUGGGCCGUCUGGGCACACCUCCCCUACCUCGCGUCCUCCUCAAAGUACGAAAUCACCGCGCUCUGCAACUCCAGCCUCUCCUCCGCGCACGCCGCCAUCAAAGCCCACAACCUGCCCCCGACCACAAAAGCCUACGCCACGCCCGCCGAGCUCGCCGCGGACGCGGACAUCGACCUCGUGAUCUGCUCCGUCCGCGUCGACAAGCACUACGACGCGCUCAUGCCGGCGCUGAAGGCUGGCAAGGACGUCUUCUGCGAGUGGCCGCUCGCGAAAGACGCUGCGCAGGCGGAAGAGAUGCUGGCUGUGGCGAAGGAGAAAGGCGUCCGGACGCUGGUGGGGCUGCAGGCGGGCGUUAGCCCGGGGAUGCGGAAGGUGCGGGAGGUGCUGGUGAGUGGAAGGAUUGGGAAGGUGCUGAGCAGCACGUUCCAUGGGACGCCGAAGUUCUUUGGGGGGACGGAGUAUGAGGGCCUUGCGUACCAGAACGAUCCCAGUGUUGGCGGGAACAUGGUGACUAUCUACGGUGUCCACUCACUCGAAGCCAUCCAACAAGUCCUCGCGCCAUUUACUUCCUUCACGCCUCUUCUCGCCGUAUCCCACCCCACCGUGCAGCUCACCACUUACGCCGGCGAACCCACCAAGACUAUCCCGCGCACCUCGCACGACCAGUUCCUGCUCCAGGGCAGCCUUUCCUGCGGCGCCGUGGUGUCGUACCAUCUCCGCGGCGGCCCCGCGUUCGGCAACGAAGCUGGCCAUAUAUGGCGCAUUUACGGCAGCAAGGGCGAGGUCCAGGUCACGGGUCCCGAUAGCUAUUUGCAGAUUGCGGAUGAUAAUGUGAAGAUCGAGGUUUUUGAGCAUGAGAGUGGGAAGACGGAGACGGUGGAAGUGGACAAGGAUGCUUUUAGCGGUGAGGAGUACCCGCUGUAUGCGAGGAAUAUUGCCAGGUUGUAUGAGGCGUUUGCGGAUGGGAAGGGCGAGGAUGAAGGCGUGCUGGACUGGGAGGCUGCUGUGAAGCGCCACGCGUUCGUCGAGGAAGUGUAUGAGAAGGCUGGUGUGAAGAACUGAACGUAAGGUCUCCUUAUCUCGGUCUUUUUUAUCCUGUCACUCCUUUUUUCUUAGCUGUCAAUCCAUCAUUCUUUAUCUCCCCUAUUCCCGCCUUCACAUCAAAUGUCCACCUCAACCUCGUCAGCUCCCUAGCCCCUGAUUGCCUCCUCAAAUCUCCCAGCAUAAUAUCUACAAUGCCAACAGUCUACAUCCUCUCCUACGGCGAAUCCAAAUACCGCCGAUAUCCCCUCGCUCAACUCCAUUUCUCAGACGCUCUCUCCCGCAUCCCGCACGAAGCGACCUUCAUCGGCACCAUAAAAUGCUACACAUGCCCUCCACCCUUCGAUAUCUGCCAAAGAUACAGCGGCAUCCACCGCAUCUGCCAAGAGAUUAUUAUGUCUGAUCCGGAGGCUCAACGUGUUAUAUAAGU